UCAAGGGUUUAGUUUGGUCUUUCGUGUCUCGCGGAAGACUAUGAUCAACAUGAGACUAAAUCGCUUUCUCUUUUUAGCAUUUCUGGUCAUAACAAGUCUUCUCGUGGUGCACAGUAAACCGCUUGCCCAAGAUAAUGAAGAGAAAGAGCGUUUGAAAAGAAAUGAGCACGAAGAAGACGCACCUGACUCUUCAGGCGAAGAACAAACGAGUAAGGAAGUUGAAAACCCAGCGGGGGAUGAACAAAACGAGCCUACAGAAAAAGGGGAUGAAAAACAAAAUCAACAGAAUGAGCAAAAAAUAGAUCAUGAAAAUUCUGUUGAGCAAAACGGUGAAGAUGCUUCUACAAACGAAGCGGCUGAUGAAGCGGAAGAAAACAGCAAAGAUGAAAAGAGGAAAGGUUCCAAGAGAUGGCUCCACCAUGGGUAUGCUGGUUAUGGAGGGUGGGGUUAUCCUGGCUGGGGUGGAAUUCAUGGAUAUGGAAUUUAUCCUGGUGCAUUUGGGCCUGGGUAUGGUCUGGGCGCUGGAUAUGGUCUCGGAGCUGGUCUCGGAGCUGGUCUCGGAGCUGGUCUCGGAGCUGGUCUUAGCUGGCCUGGCUACUGGUAUAGGUCUAGCGUACCAAAAUACGCGAAAACUCAAGGUUCAUCCAAAAAGUUUGGUGUCGAGCAUCCUUUGGGCUAUGGUCUCGGAUAUUUUGGUGGUUAUGGUGGUUAUGGCGGUUAUGGUAUUUAUGGCGGUCUUGCCGGCCCGUGGAGUGGAUACUAUGGUGGGCCUUACGGGUAUGGAUUUGGUUUUCCAGGAUAUGGCUUUAUGCCAAACCCAGCUUUGUUUCCCACGUCCUUUUUCAGGUCUGGUGUUCCAACAAAAUCAGAUAAGAAAGGCGCAAACAGAAGAGAAAAUGUAGCUAAGAGAUUUUAUGGUUACGGCCAUUUUGGUGUUCCCGCUGGGUUUGGAUAUCCUGGCUGGGCUAAUUACGGACAUCCUGGAUUCGGUUUUGGAGUUCCUGCCUUCGGUAGCUAUAGCCCUUUCCUUGGGUAUGGACCUUUCGGUACUUGCUUCUAUAAAUCAAAAAUACCCAAAGACAAAAAGGACAGUAGUAAGGCGAAGCGAGACACAACUGGGAAAGUCCAUAAGAAAUGCUGUGGAGGAUGCGGAGGAUGCGGUGGAUGUGGAGGAUUCCUGGGCUGCGGAGGCAGCUAUGGAGGACUUGGAGGAUGUGGUGGAUUUGGCCUAGGAGGAUGGGGUGGAUUAGGCUUAGGAGGAUGGGGUGGAUUUGGGCAUGGCUUAGGAUAUGGAGGAUUUGGCCACGGUGGAUGGGGAUGGGGCGGUUAUGGCUAUCCUCUAUCUGGUGGGUGGGGCUUAGGAGGCUAUGGCGCCUGGGGCCCAGGCUGUGGAUUCUACAGAUCAAAGGUUUCAGGACAUGAUAAACCGGAGAAACCUGAGAAUAAAUCGAAACGGGAGGCUGAUGACAAUGAACAAACAGAAGACAAAGCUGAGGAAGAGCAAGCACCAGAAAGCUCAGAAACAAAAGAUGACAAGAAAGACAAGAGUAACUGCGGCUGCGCACCACCAUCAUCGGACAACUCCGGAAACAACAAAGCUGGAAAAAGAAGUUGUUGCGGUGGUUCAGCAUACUUGGGAUUACCCUUUUAUGGAGGUUAUGGAGGAUACGGGGGAUGGUAUGGCUCGGGAUACGGCUAUGGCUACCCUUUCCUAGGGUAUGGCGGGCUAGGUUUUGGUUUAGGUUACGGUCGUGGUUUAGGUUAUGGAGGAUGCGGUUUCCCCUGUGGAGGUUCUCUUGAGGUUGUUGAUCCAUGUGAUUGUGGAUACACCACUAUGGCUGGUCCUUGCGGUUGUGCUUCUUGCUGUGGAAAGUCAAAGAUUUCAAAAGAGGAAAACGAUUCUCAGAAAGAGAAAAGGAGCGCCGAAGCUGAUAAAAAGAAGCAGUCUAAGCGAUGCGGAUGUGGAGGUUGUGGAGGUUGCGGAGGUUGCGGAGGUUGCGGAGGAGGAUAUGGAAUAGGUUUUGGUGGGUGUGGUGGCUGUGGAGGAUACGGUGGAUGUGGUGGCUGUGGUGGUUGUGGCGGAUGUGGCGGAUGUGGCGGAUGUGGCGGAUGUGGCGGAUGUGGCGGAUGUGGUGGGUGCGGCCACGGCGGCUGGGGCGGUCAUGGAGAUUGGUUUGGUGACGUCGGACACGGGGACUGGUUUGGUGACUUAGGCCAUGGCUGCGGAGGAUGUGGUUGUGGGGGAUGUGGUUGUGGCUGUGGCGGAUAUGGAGGACAUUGUGGAUACGGAGGUCAUGGAUGGUAUGGACAUGGUGGUUGGGGUGGAUGCGGUCAUGGUUGUGGUGGCUGCGGUGGCUGUGGUGGCUGCGGCUGUGGAAUUUUCCGAUCUAAACUUGCCAAGAAUGACAAGAAACAAACAGAAAAGCAAGCGAAAGAUAGCUCGCAGCCCGCUCAAGAUAAGAAAGCAGCACCAGAUGCGGGAAAAAAGGAGGAAAAGGCAACUAAAAGGUGUGGACUUUGGGGUGGUUUUGGAGGAUGUGGAGGAUUCGGUGAUCUUGGUGGAUUUGGAGGUUGGGGAGUUGGCGAUUGGAACUUCGGUGGUUGUGGAGGUCCCUUCGGAGGCUGGGGUGGAUAUCCAGGUUACGGCUAUGGCUAUGGAGGCUGUGGUAGCUGUGGAAGCUGUGGAGGUUGUGGAGGCUUUGGGGGAUGUGGCUAUGGGGGUUAUGGUGGCUGUGGAGCCUCUUGUGCUGAUGCUGGACCGUGGACAUUUUUUAAUGGCGGCUGCUGUAAAUCUAACGUGGGUGAAAAGGGUUCUUCUGAUAGUGCUCAUGAUGAGAAGUCUCCAGGCAAAGAAGCUGCGCCAUUGUCUGUUCAACCAGCUGGGGGACCUACACCUAUAGCCAAAACCGCCGCUGCUGGUGCUGUGAAACCCGGUCAACUAGAACCAGCACCAGCACCAGCACCUGCUAAAACUCGGGAUCAACCAGCAGCCCGAGAAAAAGCUUCCAAACGCUACGGAAUCCCUGGCUUUGGAGGUUGUGGAUACUGCGGGGGCUGUGGACGUGGUUUCGGAGGCUUUGGAGGAUGCGGAGGGUUAGGAUAUGGAGGAUUAGGAUAUGGAGGGUUAGGCUAUGGAGGGUUUGGAUGUGGGGGAUUUGGUCAUGGGGGCUAUGGACUAUUGGGUCAUGGAUUUGGUUUCCCCGGCGGCUAUGGUGGUUAUGGCUGGGGAUUUCCAGGUUAUGGAUAUGGUUACGGUUUCCCAUUAGGUUUUGCUCGAUCAAAACUUCCUCAGAAGAAUAAAGACGUGAGGCCAAAUACUCGUGGGGAAAUCCCUGUAGCAGACGGUUAUGUACAAAAGAAGAAGCAAACUAUUCAUCUUGGAUAUGGUUAUGCCAGUGGUGACAACUAUCGUCUUGGAUAUGGAUUUGGUGGGAUGGGAGGUUUAGCUGGCUAUCAUGGAGUUGGUGGCGUUACUGGAACAUCCGUCUAUCGCUCUAAGAUUCCAAAAACGAGUGUAAAGGGCUUUAAAAGAUGGGGCUGGGGACAUGGUGGGUAUGGCGGACACGGAUUCGGUCAUGGUCAUGGAGGAUGGGGAUAUGCGGCACCUUAUGGUCAUCCCAUUACCCAUCCGGGAUUCACAAGCAUCGGAUUUCCUGGACAUGCCCUGGCAACAUUUGACGUCAAAAACAGCAUCGCUCAGAAGCGGGGGAAACAAAAGCGACAGAUAGUUCCCUUUGGUGCAGUGAGUCCUGGUCCACUGGCUUUACCUGCCACUCUGCCUGCUCCACUUCCUGCUCUUGCACCUCUGGCUUUGCCUGCUACAUACCAUGCUCCUGUGUAUGCCCCAGUUGCACAUCCUGUUGCCGCUGUCCCUUCCUACGCCGCUGUGCCCGCAGCAGGCGCACUACCAGCGACUGCUUUACCUGUUGGCUUGCACCUUGGUGGACCAGCCGUUGCCGGACUGGCGCUAGGCCGCUCUAAUAUGCCACAAGGUUUUGGACCUUUUGGUAACAUAAAAAGAUCCGAAAUGCCAGAAAAAUGAUUCAACACUUUAUAGGUUGAAACAAAGAACGUAGAAACUUCAUCGUAGAAGAAAUCACAAGAAAGAAAUGAAUUUUUGUUUUGUAUCGUUAAAGGAAAGAGCUUUGUUAAGAAGUGUUAUGGUUCAUUUUUUUAAUUAUCUACACGGUGCAGUCAUGUUCCUGAUCUGCACACAGACAGUAAAUAAUUUACCAGAAACGUUUUUAAUUUCAAGUUGUCAAAAAUAAAGUGACAUCACUGAUUUACA